AUGUUCGCUUCUUCGCUUCGUUCCGUUGCUCGCAAUGGCCCGUUGGCUGCCCGUAGCUUCAGCUCGACCGCUGCUACGAGCGCUGCCGAGGUUAAAUCGCUCGGUGUGAUCGGUGCUGGUCAGAUGGGUCUGGGAAUCGCUCUGGUUGCCGCAAUAAAGGCUGGAGUGCCUGUUACUUUGGUCGAUACCUCGCAGGCCUCGCUGGACAAGGGCCUCAAGUUCGCUGACAAGCUCCUUGAGAAAGAUGUCUCCAAGCAGCGUCUCACCCGAGAAGCCGCCGAUGCAGCUCGGGCCCUGCUUACCCCUACCGUGAAGAUGGACGACCUUUCCUCGGUAGACUUUGUCAUUGAGGCCGUUCCCGAGAUCCCGGAUCUCAAGCAGUCCAUCUUCAGGAAUCUUGCCCAGAUUGCGCCCAAGCAUGCCAUUCUGGCCACUAACACCUCGUCCAUCCCCAUCACCAAGAUUGCCGCGGCCACCACGACAGACCCGACAGACCUGCAGGCUCCAUCGCGGGUGAUCUCGACCCACUUCAUGAACCCCGUCCCCAUCCAAAAGGGUGUGGAGAUCAUCCGGGGUCUGCAGACCUCGCAGGAGACCAUGGACACUGCCAUUGCCUUUGUCGAGCGCAUGGGCAAGGUGGCCUCGGUGUCCGCCGACUCACCCGGUUUCCUGGCCAAUCGUAUUCUCAUGCCCUACAUCAACGAGGCUGUUCUCUGCCUCGAGACUGGUGUCGGUGGUCGUGAGGAUAUCGAUAACAUCAUGAAGAACGGUACAAAUGUUCCCAUGGGCCCGCUGACCCUAGCGGAUUUCAUUGGCUUGGACACUUGCCUGGCUAUCAUGAAUGUGCUUCACCAGGAGACUGGCGACAGCAAGUAUAGACCUGCUGGCCUUCUCCGUCGUAUGGUUGAUGCUGGCUGGAUGGGUAAGAAGACCGGUAAGGGCUUCUACGAUUAUUGA